CAUAGAAUAACUCGAUUUGCUGCUUAUUUUCAAAACCUUAAAUGGAUAAUCCAUCAGUAUUUUUAUCUCCUACAAAUAAACUAGAACCUCUUAUUUCAGGGAUUGAAUUUUUGAACAUUAAUGGUGAAGAAUUCUAUAGCAUCUCGCAUAAUGCAAGCAUUGAAAAUAUUGCCUCUGAUACAAAUUCAGGCUAUAAAGAAUUUGUAGCUCCUGAUGAAAUUUUAGCUGAAAAAAUAGUGACUCAAGUGGAACAUUUAUUUUCCGAUUUUUAUAUCUUAAAAGAUAAGUUCUUAUUGAAGCAUAUUCGUAGAAACAAAGAAGGAUUUGUCAGUCUUAAACUUAUUUCGUCGUUGAGGAAAGUUAAAGCACUCACGAAAGAUUGGCGAGUGGUUGCAUAUAGCUUACAAAGAUCAAAGAAAUUAGAAAUGAAUGACGAGAAGACCAAAGUUAAGCGUAUAGCUCCUCUACCUGAUAUAGAGGGAACUGGAGAUGGAAGAACAGUGAUCGCUUUCAACUUACCCCUUACUAUGACUGAAGAAGAUGUGAAAAAGUUAUUUUUAAAAUACGGAGUUAUUGCUUCAGUAUCUCUGAUGAAAAUCGAUAAUGGUUCAAGGCAUAAUUACUUAAAGAAAUGUUUAUCAUAUUACCAGGAUAUGUCUACUUCUAAUUGUGCUAUCGUUGAAUUUGAAACUGUGGAUGGUGCUGUCAGAUCAUUGAGGUAUGAUCCUCAGCUAGCUUUAAUGGUUGUGCCUCUACCGAUUCAGAGAAACAAAUGUAAUGCAGAUUACAAAUCAAAUCUUUCGCCUCAAGAUAUGCAGAAACUCAGGUUCGAAGAUGAUGUACACAUGCCAGAUAUGAUACUCUCACAUGAAAGUAAUCCGAAGAAUAAUUUCACAAGCGAUUCUCAGAAAAGUAUUCUAAAUUUAGAGCAACCAAAUAAUAAUUCUACAAAGUAUCUUAAAUUUUGCAAGAAAUCCGAGUCUGAGUUAACCCCAAGAACUGAUGAUGAGCAAUUAAUGCUGUCAUGUACAUACCAAGGCGAUGGUUUAGCUAAUAAUUUAUGGAAACAAAGGAGGCAGUAUAUCAUGAGCCAUGGGAAAAGGUUAAAUAGAUCGAGAGUUGUAGUUAUUCGGCAACCUAGAGGUCCAGAUGGAACAAAUGGCUUUCACAGAAGUACAAGAAGAAUUGCUGUUAAAAACUGAAAGGUCUUAUAAAUGGUGUUUAAUUACAAGUUAUCUGGCUGUUUUAAGACAUAAUAUAAUAACAACAUCUAACGAAUAUUUAGCAACAUGGAUUUCAUAUGUAACUACUGAAAAAAAAUUAGAAGAAACUAAUUAAGUUUUAAUUUAGUGCAGCAAUAAACAACAGUUAUAUUCAA